AUGCAUGAAAACGCAAAAUCUUCGUCAGCGGAACAACAACGACUCGGAAUGAUUGAAGAGGAUGACGAUGAAUUUUUAAUGAUGGCCGAAAAGGAUUACACAUCACGAAGAAAAACAAUAGACUCUUCUCCUUUUACUACAACAUCAUACAACAAAGAAUUGAUAGGAGAGCUUAUUGAACGAUCACAUUUAAGCUCAUCCAUUGAUUCAAAUGACAUUGAAAAACUUGCUUCGGAGUUAUCCUCUCUGAGUGUGGGAUUUUCGAGUAUUUCAACAACUUCACCAGUCCGACCACAUCGCUUCAGUAAGCCCAUCGAUAGUUUGGUAUCAUCACCACAAAUUUCUUCUUCUGAUGAUAGCUCUUUAUCCAUUUUCCUUUCUCAAAGAUCAAAUCUUGCCAACAAGGAACAUGUUUCUUGCAAACUUGAAUUGCAACGAAAAAAGAUAGAGUUUGAAAGAAUUUUAAGAGAAACACAAAUACAAUUAGCUGACCAGGAAGCACAGUUUAAAAACGAAAAACACCUUUUAGAGAUGGAAAUUUUAAAAUAUAAAACACAAUUAGAUCAAGAUGAAAAAAAGCUAAUCACUCUUCAGUCCAAUGUACAGCAAUUAGAGCGUCGUCUGAAUGAAGGCCAAGAAAAAAUUAUUAAUGCUGAAUCAAUCAUAACAGAAGCUAGAGAGACUUCACAGCAAUAUAAACAAGAAAAUAAUGCCCUUAAGGAAAACAUUUCAGAAUUGACAAGAAUUUUAGAAAUGGCUGAGAAUGAAAAAGCCCAGUACAAACGACAGUACGACAAUUUACUACAGGAGCAUAAAUCUCAAGUGGAACUUCUUGAAAAACGAUGUCAUACGGUAGAAUCUGAACUAAGCACGAGAAUAAUUUCGCUCGAGGAACACAAAGCCAAGGGAGAAAUGUUUGAUACCAUCAAUCUUAAAGCAAAAAACUAUGAAGAUGACGCCAGAAGGUAUCAACUGGAGCUUGAAGCUACAAAGAACGAACUGGAGAAAUUGAGAGAGGAGCACAAUGGAUUGCAAUUAGAAUUGACAAAUGUUAAACAGCAAGUCGAAUUAUUGAAAAAUGACAAAAUGUAUCUGACUAAGGAAGUUGAAUCAACUCGAAGUGAGAGAUCACGAGACGAAAAUGAAAUUUCUAGAUUAGAAAGCAAAGUAAAAGAAAUGAGAAAAGAGAAGAAGGCUUUGUAUGACCGAUUAUUAUCUGUAAAGGAAGAAUCAAAAACUGAAUAUGAGAGGCAUUUGCAAGAAGAAAUUCAACAACUACGAAACAAAACUCAGCAGGAUUUGGAAACCAUCAAACAAAAUUCACAAGAGGUGUUCGAACGUGAAAACAGGUUGAUACGGGAAGCAAAGGAAGCAGCUGAAACUCAAGUAGAAAAAUUGAAACGCCAACUUGAGGACAGUCGAGAUGCACAUAAUAACCUCAUGAUUGAGUAUAACACAUUGAAAAGUAUGAUGGAAAAACAAAUGAGCGAAAUGAGAACUCAAGCAAAUAUCAAAAUUUUUGAGAAUGAACGAUUGCAAGUGACCCUAUUAGAUACCACAGAAAAUUUGAAACAAUGCAAGAAGGAGAACGAAAUUUUAAUCAAGAAACUGGAUGUGAUGAAAACAGAGUGCUAUACUCAACAAAACACAAUGGGAAAGAAAAUAACUGAAUUAGAAACCAAAUACGAGGCUGCAAUGAGAGAACUGAGCCAAUAUCAGAAUCUGGAAAAAGAUCUAGAUGCCAUCAUGCAAAUCAGCGGGCAAGAACAAUCAAUAGCGGAAUCAGAAAAAAUUGUGAAUGAAUUAUCUGCUCUCCUACCAACAGGAAAACGGGUGAAGAAUAGUAUUCAACUUGCUAAAAAGGUGUUCGAUUUGGAAAAACAGCUUUCUCAAAAAACAACAGAGUUGGAAAAUGCAGAAAACACUAUUGCCGCUCUUACAGAUAGACUAAACAAGACCAAAAAACAUUUAGAGACAGCUGCGCAACCAUACAAUUAUCUUGUCAAUUCAAUAGAGGAAAAGGACAAAGAAAUUGACUCUCUUAAGAAAAACACCAAGAUCUUGGAAAAGGAUUUGAAACGAGCAAAGCAUGAAAAUGAAAAAUUAAGGAAAGUCAAAUCUAGACUUGAGCAAGAUAUUGACCAAUUAUUGCAACACAAUAAUGUCACGUCCAAGCUCAAAGACCUCCUACUAAGUCUAAAGCAUGAACAAGAAUCCAAUGUGAUCGAGUUUAUUAGCCCUUAA